UACAAAAAGGUAUAUUAGCCUGUAGGCUGAUCUGAUUUACUCUCGGCAAACAAAACUUCUUGUUAGCUUUGCAGUUACGUUGCACUAUGACAUAACGUAGCAUAUGCGUUUGCUAAGUCAUUGAGGGCAUUUUACUGAACAAUUUCGGGGCAUUACUUUCCAGGUAGUAGACAGUUCCUAGUUUAACCGGGUAGGCAAAGGAUCUCUAACAACUCAUUCAACAUCUGCCAAUAACCUUAGAAGCUUAGUGCUCUACGCGUUUAGUCUUCGAAUUUAUUUCUCUGCAGCAGCUUUCGAUAUCAAGAAGACACGCCCGAUAUUCUUAUCAAGAAAAUGCUUAUCCAUUGAGGUGCUUUCUUAUAAGUCUGUACUUAGUCUAGUCUUACAAGUUAACAUCACUUGCAGUUAAAAAAAGGAAAAAAAAUCACUAAGAUACACUUGGUAUUAUUAUUAGCAAAGUUUUACUAGACUCAACUUUCAUUGAUUUUAGGGCUAAAAGUGACAGCGAGAAUCUAGAAAAUACAUUCGAUGUUGUUAUUAAUAAGAGUUUCGUUGUAUUUAUUGUUCUUAUGAUCUGCUGCCGCUAGAUCUUAUAUAAGCGACUUGAAGCCCUGUCAGAAAGAAAAGAUGAUCUUGACUUAGAUAAGCCGCCGGGAUAAGAAAGAAAAUAUAAAUUUUAUUUUCGCUAUAUUUGUAGAUCUCACAAAAGCCAUAACGUAUUUAGCGCACCGGUUUGUUUGAAAUUAGAAGCAAAUAAAAAAGAAGUGGCGAAAAGCAUAAAACUCUAGCGGUUGCCAGUUAUUAAUAACAAAACUUGCUAUAGGAAACUUUUUAGUUGAGAAAUGAGCAUAGCUAAAAACUUUAUAAAAACUAAAAAAACAACAACAACAACAACAACAAUAAUAAUAAUAAUAAUAAAAACGAUAACAACAAAAGCAAACAACAGCAGCGGUUAAAUAAAAAAUGGCAUAUAUUUGGCGUAGUAUUAAGCGGGCCUCUACUAAAGGCUCUUCAUACAUCACCAACAGGAGCGGCCGCAGAGGCAACAACAGCAACAGCAGGAGGAGUAGCAGUAGCAUUAGCAAUUGUAUAUGCAGUAGUUGUAAUGAGAAAGGCAGCUACAAAAACAUUUGCUUUGAGUGUCGGCAAAACAAAACUCAGCAAAGCAACAAUAAUAACAACAACAAUAAUGUUCGCAGUGCCCAAAAUUAUUGCAACAACUAUAGCAGUGGAAGUUGUUUUAAUAGUAACACAAGUCCGUUACGUUUUAUUUUCACAAGCAAUUUUAUUAGAUUUAUCACAAAUACCAUCACUAACCAUAUUUUCUGGUCGCCGUUAUCGUCGCACUCGACGACCGCCGCCAGUGCCGCCAGUAGUAUCAACACCAACACCAACACCACCAUCACCACCCUCACCACAACCAUCAACACAAAGUCUACUUCAAUUUUAAACUGCAACAAAAACUUUUCCACCAUUGCACUUAAAUGGUGUUUCAUCUUAUGGCAUUUUCUCUCCAUAUUGGCCUCCGGCUGGUCUUUGUCAAUGACUGAAGUGCGUAUACCGAAACACAUCAUGCGUUAUGAAGAUGCUGUGCUAGGUUGUAAAUAUGAUUUGGAUGGCGAAUCAUUAUAUUCAGUCAAAUGGUAUAAGGAUGGUUUUGAAUUUUAUCGUUAUGUGCCGCGAGACAUGCCGCCGGGGCAAGUUUUCCCCCUGCCCGGUGUUGAUGUUGAUUUACAAAAUUCAACAGACAAUGUUGUGGUAUUACAUCGUGUCACAUUGCAAUCAACAGGUCGUUAUCGUUGUGAAGUGUCCGGUGAAGCGCCAUCAUUUCAAACUGUUUCCGGCCAUGAGGAUAUGAUUGUUGUCGUUACACCAACGAAAGGACCACAAAUUACUGGCGGUCAGCCGCGUUAUCAAAUUGGUGACAUGGUACGCGUAAAUUGUACUUCGGCACCAUCGAAACCUAUUUGUCAUCUGAGUUGGCUGAUUAACGGGAUUCAUGCAAAUCGCUCUUUUUUACGUUACUAUGAACCAAAACUCGUCGGACGCGAAGGUCUUGAAGUAGCCACGCUAGGAUUAGAAUUUCGUGUACGUGGGUGACAUUUCAAACAUGGCGACAUGAAAUUAAAGUGUGUCGCUAAAAUAUCAUCAGUUUAUUGGCAGAGUAAUGAGGAAAGCGUGGAGAGUGAUAAACAUCAAAGAAUACCAGUAUU